UUGUAUUUUGGCUUUGGCUAUCUCCUUUGCCACCCUAAUCAUAUCUCUCUCUCCUCUUCCCUUUGCCUCCUUUUUAAACGCCUCUUUUCUCUUCUUCUUCACAUAUCAUCACCAACUCCCUUCUCUCUUCCUUUCUCUUAUCUAUAUCCAUGUCUAAAGAAGGUUCUGAGCAUAUAGAAACCUUCUUAUGGGAAAACCAAACAUGGGUUUUUUCCAAUUUGGAUAACAAUAAUGAUACUGGUAAUAACAAUUCAGGCGGUAGACAGCAGAAAUCAUCGGUAGCUGAGACAAAGAAGUUGCAGGUUUCAAGAACUAAUAGCCAGACAGAUCAAGGAACCACGUCGUUAAAGAAGCGAGGUGGCCGAGGAGGGCAAGUUCAAAGAAAUUCUACUUCUAAAGGAAGUGAAGAUAGUGAUGAGGCUAAUAAUAAAGAAGAUGGUGACCGCGGUGGUGAUGGUGGUGGUGGUGGUGGUGGAGAAUCAGAUCAUGAAAUACAUAUAUGGACAGAAAGAGAGAGGAGAAAGAAGAUGAGAAACAUGUUUGCUAAUCUUCAAGCUUUGCUUCCUCAACUUCCUUCUAAGGUUGACAAAUCAACCAUUGUUGAUGAAGCAGUAAACUACAUAAAAACCCUAGAACAGACUCUAGAAAAGCUACAGAAGCAAAAGCUAGAAAGGGCACAAGGUGGUACAACAUUCUGUUAUGAGCCAUCUAUGAGUAUGAUAGCCCCAGAAUAUGUAGCAGAAACAAGAGAGGCAUUCUUAGCUGAUCAAGGAAUAAAAUCUUCUAAUAACUUAACAAAUAUUUUAGCAACAAAAUCUCCAAAUGUAGUAUUACCUUCCAGGUAUCAUCAUCCCGUACAAUUCCAAACAUGGACAUCUUCUAAUGUGGUCUUGAACAUUUGUGGUGAAGAAGCACAAAUUAGUGUAUGUUCAUCGAAAAAGCCUGGCCUUUUCACUACUAUCUGCUAUACAUUGGAGAAGCAUAACAUAGAGAUGAUUUCUGCUCAUGUUUCCUCUGAUUGCAAUCAAAUCAUGUACAUGAUUCAAGCACAAGUUAGAGGAGCUUCUGAUAAAUUUACAGAGACAAUUCCAGUGGAAGAAAUAUACAGACAAGCUGCAGGAGAGAUAAUGUGCUGGGUGAGUCCAUGAUCAUACAUGCAUACAUACAUGUAUAUGUAGUGAAGUAGCUAGAGACCUAGAGAAUCCAUGCUAGGGCUUUUUCACCAUUUGAUCUUACAUAUAGGAGUUCAUGAUAAAUUAUAUAUAUAUAAAAAUAUGUAAGUUU